AUGACGCCCUCGCCCCCCUACACCUACAUCCAGUGCCCCUGCUCGGACCGCUCCGCCGCCGACGGCAGCGAUGCCUCGCUCGACGAUGCCGACGAUGCCGACGAGCGCACCUUUGAUCCCCGCGCGCCGCGUGCCAACUACAGCCUCUUCCCCCUCGAGUACCUCCUCUACUGCGAGGACUGCCAGCAGAUCCGCUGCCCGCGCUGCGUCAAGGAGGAGACGGUGACCUACUUCUGCCCCAACUGCCUCUUCGAGGUUCCCAGCAGCAACAUCCGCGGCGAGGGGAACCGGUGCACUCGCAGCUGCUACCAGUGUCCCGUCUGCAUCGGGCCCCUCCAGACGAGCGCCGUGACGCCCCGGGCCGCCGACGACGGCGAGGCCGAGGCCGGCGCCGCGCCCUGCGCCCUCUUCUGCACCCACUGCAACUGGUCCUCGCGCGAGACCGGCAUCGAGCUCGAUCGCCCCGGCGGCAUCCACGCUCAGCUCGCGCGCCUCGGCAACGGCGGCCGCGCCAAGAUCACGGCCCGCGAUCGCGAGAAGCGCCGCAAGGACAACCCCGACGAGCCCCCGCUGCCGGACGAGCUCGUCGACGGCGACCUGCAGUUCGCGAGCCUCAAGGCCUUUUACGCCCGGCAGAUGGCCGAGGCCUCGGCCGGCCUCGGCGCCGUCUCCCUGCACGACGCCGCCGGCUUCUCCUCGCCCGCGGCCCUCUCGCGCAUCAUGUCGCUCUACACGGGCCGCGGCCACGCCGGCCGCCCGCACCCGCGCCGCCCCGACGUCUUCCGCGAGGCCCUCUCGACCGACGAGGGCCUGAAGCUCGCCCAGCUCGACGACUCGCCGCUCGUCGGGAAGCUGACGCGCGACGGCUGGCACGCGACCAGCUCGCGCGAGCAGCGCGAGGCCCAGCCCGAACCCGUCCGCUUCCAGGACCAGCUGCGGCCCAUCCCCUGCCUGCUCCGCACCAAGCGGUCCAAGCGAUGCUCCGUCUGCCGCCACAUCAUCUCCAAGCCCGAGAGCAAGGUCACGUCGACGCGCUUCCGCAUCCGGCUCGUCGCCAAGUCGUACAUCCCGACCGUCGCCAUCCGGCCCAUGGUCCCGACCGCCGCCGUCGUGCCCAUCACCUCCCGGCCGGCCCGCGCCGACGAGGCCGCCCUCGCGCCCUGCAGGCCGCACCAGUACGUCUUGACCUUUACGAACCCGCUGUUCGAGGCCAUCAAGGUCACGCUGGCGACGCCCAACGCCACGCCCGGACGCUUCUCCAGCAGGGUCACCAUCCUCUGCCCGCAGUUCGACGUCGACGCCAACACGGACAUGUGGGACGACGCCCUCCGCGACGACGGCAGGGACAGGACGACCCGCAAGGGAGACGACGCGACGCCCGCCGCCGCCGCCGAGGCGGGCAAGAUCUGGGAGCGCGGCCGCAACUGGGUGAGCAUCGUGCUCGAGGUCGUGCCGCCGUCGCUGCGGCCCGAUAACCGGACGGCGGGGAGCGGCGGCGUCGUGGACCGCAGCCCGGUCAAGGCGGGCGAGGACAUUCUCGAGAUACCCAUGUUUGUGCGCAUAGAGUGGGAGGCCGACGCCCAGCACGACGUGACCAAGGACAAGGACGCGCGGGAGAGGAGGGAACUGGCCUACUGGUGCGUCCUCGGCGUCGGUCGCAUCAGUCACGAGUAA